AGAUGUUUUUCUAGCUAUAGAUAAUAGACAUUGAAAUAUAGGAAAUUUGCAGGGUUGGUUGUUGCAUCAUCGCUUAGGACAUAAUGACCGAGAAAUUGGUUCCCGUGGUUAAAGCCGAGGAAGCAGAAGAGGAAGAAUUAGUGGAUCCUCAGCAGCAGCUCAGGGAUAUCUGCUCGCAAAAGCCAGACGCCCAGAACCUUUGGGCAAAAUACCAAGAGUGUAAUGACCGAGUUAACUCCCGAUCAAAGACAACAGAGACAUGUGAAGAAGAGUUGAUUGACUACAUUCAUGUCCUCGACAAGUGUGUCAACAAAGACCUCUUCAAGAGGCUAAAGUAAUUUAUUGUUAAAUGUACUGAGUUGCCAACAAACAUAUUUAUUGUUUUACCAUCUUGCAAAUUAUGUUGGCAGUAGUU